AGCGCGACCAAGAUCGCCUUUAAUUGCCUCUACAUGUGUGUAUCAUACGACGGCUGUGUCGCCUUUUGACCGCAUUAUGACAAAUAGACAGAUUUUUACUACGCCAGCAGCCGGCCAAUAACAGCUGCAGUGGUUAGCUGAGGCGCUAAAUGCUAGCUACCCCGGUAUGCUAGCUACCAGCGCGUCUUUGAGCUCACCGCUAGCUGCUAAUCUUGGUGCUGCUUUGCUAGCUCUGUAUAGCUUUAGGCACGGACGGAGUGAAAAACGUCCUGAUAUUAUCUGAUUAAAAUGAAUACUCCCUCAUGACCCGGUUAGGCUUUGACAGCAUCACAUAUUCUAUCUGGAAUAGUGUACAGGUUAUCAUAACAAUGUGUUCGCAUCCUAAAUCUUAAUAUUGCGUAUGUCUAAAAUAAAUACACCCAAAUCUGUUUUAACAUCUCCCUAACAAUACACGUUAAAGAGGCAUUAUCUGAUUUAAGAAGUUUGUCACCAGAUUGAAGUCAUAGAGGGAAAGUUGUGUAGGUUAGCAUCAUCCUGUUAUUCUGGUGCUCACUCAUACUGGCAUCAUUGUGGAUAAAAUAUAUAUAGUAUGCAAUUAUAGCUGGAUAAAAAUCAGUAUAGAUUGUUGGGCAAAAAUAAAAUGCUCUAGGGUUACUACCUUAAUAUGUGGUGUUCAUCUCCGGUAUGUAUGUAUCAAACCUUUAUCUAUCUGUUUAUCUGUGUGUGUGUGUAUGCUUAAAAAAUGCAUUCAUCACAAUGUGCAUGUGGGUCUCAAAUCAGCUAUUUGACAUGACAAACCUGAAUAGAAGUGCUGGCAUUACAGUAGUGAUAUAUGUAUCAUGGAAUAUUGCAUGUAGAACUGAAUAUGUUGGGUAUUACAACUGUGUUACUUUCUAAUUAUUUGCUCAUAUUAACAUGGGUUAUGUUGCUAUUGGCAUACUAACUAAGAACAGGUGUGGCUACUUCAUUCCAAUUAAAGUACACAUCGACUGAACCUGUGUUGCAAGUGUUGCAGAAUUUACCCUCCUGAUUUGCCUUUUACUUCUUUGUGUUUGGUCUGUCCAAAUAAAUCUACUGAUUGUGUCGGUUGGUUAUGGUAUCAGUUGCUGCACAACAGGUCUUCUUGACUAGCAGCGUAAAAAGAAGCACCGCCUGCAACCUUCAACUACAGCGGCGUGUCAGAAUAUUUGAAGAGCAGUGACAAGUGCAGUGCAUCAUUGCUUGUCAGGUUUGAUUCAUCUCCAGCACUGACUUAAUCCUCAAAGAUGAAGUUGAAAGAGGAUAUGAACCCCCUGCUGCUGCAGGUCUUCCGCUCUGUGGUCUGGGUCUACUCGGUCAUCACCUUCAUACCCUGGUACUUCUUCUCCGGUGCGGGCUCCAAUUUGGAACGGGCCGGUCGGAUCAAGGCCCGCUCAAUCAGUGGACACCCAGCAGGGCCUUACAGGGCCACCAACAGCCAAGAGAAGCUGGUGGCAUGGCUGCACCCCAAGGUGGACACCAUUGACAAAAUGUUUGAAUAUGCUGCAAGUCGGUUUCCAAAGAGGGACUGUCUGGGAACCAGAGAGGUGCUCAGUGAGGAGGAUGAGAUCCAGCCAAAUGGCAAGGUCUUCAAGAAGGUAAUUCUAGGGAACUAUAACUGGCUGUCUUACGAGGACACCUACGAGGCAGCAAAGUGUUUUGGCAGUGGUUUGGCAGCGCUCGGCCAGAGGCCUAAGUGUAACAUCGCCAUCUUCUGUGAGACCAGAGCAGAGUGGAUUGUAGCAGCACAAGCCUGCUUUAUGUACAAUUUCCCACUCGUGACCCUGUAUGCCACUCUUGGACCCACGGCCAUCGCUCACGGCCUGAACGAGACGGAGAUCACGCACAUCAUCACAAGCAAAGACCUGCUUCAGACCCGUCUCAAGGCUAUCCUGUGCGAUGUGCCGAGGCUGCAGUAUAUCAUUGUAGUCGACAGUAAACCCAAAAGCUGGCCAGACAUCCCCAGAGGCAUCAUGAUCUACAACAUGGACGCUGUGAAGGACAUGGGAUCCAAGCCUGACAACAUAGCAGUAGACCGCAGACAGCCAGAGUCAUUGGACAUCGCGGUCAUCAUGUACACCAGUGGCUCCACUGGCAUCCCCAAGGGAGUCAUGAUCUCCCAUGGCAACAUCAUAGCUGGCAUCACCGGCAUGGCUGAGCGUAUCCCAAACCUCAAUGAAACAGACACCUAUAUUGGCUACCUGCCAUUGGCGCAUGUUUUGGAGCUCAGCGCUGAACUGGUGUGCAUCUCUCACGGCUGUCGCAUCGGCUACUCCUCCCCUCAGACCCUAGCUGACCAGUCUACCAAGAUAAAGAAGGGCAGUAAAGGGGACACCAGUGUGCUGAAACCUACUCUCAUGGCUGCUGUACCAGAGAUCAUGGAUCGAAUCUACAAGAAUGUGAUGACCAAAGUGGAGGAAAUGAGCAAACUCCAGAAGACGCUCUUUGUGCUGGCCUACAACUACAAGAUGGAGCAGAUCUCCAAGGGCUACAGCACACCUCUCUGCGACAGUCUGGUGUUCAAACGGGUGCGUGCACUCUUGGGAGGGAACACGCGGGUGCUGCUUUCUGGCGGAGCUCCACUCUCAGCUGCCACACAGCGCUUCAUGAACAUCUGUCUGUGCUGCCCCGUGGGGCAGGGCUACGGGCUGACGGAGACCUGUGGAGCUGGCACCAUCAGCGAGAUUUGGGACUACAGCACAGGGCGGGUUGGUGCUCCAUUGGUUUGUUCAGAGAUCACACUGAAAGACUGGGAGGAGGGGGGUUACUACAGCACAGACAAGCCCAACCCACGGGGGGAAAUUUUGCUUGGCGGCCCCAAUGUAACGAUGGGUUACUACAAAAAUGAAACCAAGAACCGGGAGGACUUUUUUGUGGAUCAGAACGGCCAAAGAUGGUUCUGCACCGGAGACAUUGGAGAGUUCCACUCUGACGGAUGCCUUAAGAUCAUUGACCGCAAGAAGGACCUGGUGAAAUUGCAGGCGGGCGAGUAUGUCUCUCUAGGAAAAGUGGAGGCUGUUUUGAAGAACUGCUCACUCAUAGACAACAUCUGUGCUUACGCCAACAGCGACCAGUCGUAUGUGAUCAGCUUCGUGGUGCCUAACCACAAGCAGCUAAUGGCGCUGGCGCAGCAGAUGCAGGUGAGGGGCACAUGGGAGGAGAUGUGCAACAAUUCCCUGCUAGAGAAAGAAGUGCUCCGCAUCAUAACUGAGGCUGCUCUCUCAGCAAAAAUGGAGCGGUUUGAGAUCCCCAAGAAGAUCCGUCUGAGUCCUGAGCCCUGGACACCAGAGACUGGGUUGGUCACUGACGCAUUCAAACUGAAACGCAAGGAGCUCAAAACACACUACCAGGAAGACAUUGAGAGAAUGUACGGAGGAAAAUAACACCUACAAAAAACAACAAACAAACAUACAUAUAUAUAUAUAUAUAUAUAUAUAUAUAAAAAUAAAUAUAUAUAUACUUGCACACAUACACAAGGAGCUCAGAAGCCACUACCAGGAAUACACAGAGAGGAGUAAUACUUUAGAUACAGGAAACACAUAUUACAGACACAUAAAGCAUCUCAUGCGCCUCCUCCUCGGCUUCCCUGCGACCAGCUUCGAUCAAAAGAGGGGGAGAAAAACUCUUGAAUCCAGCUUAAAGCUCUCUGUCAAGACCAAACCGCAGUAGACACACAGACGACUGAACCAUCCGGACGAACUUACCGUUCCCCCUUUGAUGGAUUUAGCCCUUCGAGUUGCCAUGACAACCGAGGCGGCACACGAAGUCAGACGUCCGCUUGACUCGAAAGUGAAACAAAUGCCAGGCUAGACGUGUAUCUGGAUCAAUGUCAGCGCGCCCUAUCUGUUGCUUCACUUCCUCCACCCCUGCUCUCUGGAGCCUUCCACCAGCUCAGCGUGGUCGUCGACCCAUAGUGCAGAUACCUGGCAGGGAAACAUGGCAGCAUGAGCCUGAUAGAGGGGUCCCUCCUGGGCUGUAAGUGACAUUCAGGUGGGAUUCUUCGCAGAGAUCUCAUUUAUCUUUCUUUUUUUUUUCUCUUGUUUUUACUUGUCGUUAUGUUUCCUUCUUGUUUGGUUUAUCAGCUUUGAAACCCAUUUGACGAGUAUUUCUGUACACGAGAAAUCUGUGUUGCAAAGCCAUGAGAGAUUGAGCAGCAAGAUGUUUUUGAUUACUGUUUUUCUUACUGUUAUUUAAUUUUGUAUUUCUUUAUCCUCCUGUUUUAUACUGCCAAUUUGUUUACACUUCAUAUACUCUAAUGACCAUUGUUUAAAAGCUUUUUUUUUUUUUGUCUUUUCCACUCUUUUUUUUAUCUGCCCGCAUCCCAAAGUUUGUACAUUUGAGUGUCUGUUUACUGACUUGACGAGUCGAGGCGAUUCAGUCUUCUGUCCCUUCUGCUUUCGGCCUUUGCAGCAGGGUCAAACAUCAAUUGUAAAAGGCAUCCGUUGGGACAUUUUCUAUCCCUGCUCUUUGCCCUCAGCAUCAUUUUUUCCCCCCAUUUUAGCAGCCCCUGGAUGCCUCCCAACCUGUGUCUUAUUGAUUAUUUUGUUGGUUCCUUGACCUGCCGUAGCCCCCGCCACAUCUGCCACAUAUUCCUCCAGUCAUGACCAAUGCACCAUAUGGAUGUCUCCAAGGGAACUUUAGCCCAGCCUAGAAAAAUAGUUACAUUCGUUAGCUUUUUAUCGGUUACUUUUUGGCGCAACUGUAUAUGUUAUCCAUUCUCGACAUAGAUCUAGUUACUGUUACUUUUGUCUUUUUUACUUAUGGAUAUGAAAUACAAAUGAAUGUGCAAUAUUUAUACACAAAUUUAAUGUAGGAAGGAAGAAAAAAAACGCACAUACAGCAGCCCCUCCAUAGUGUAUGAAUGUUUAGGCCUGUUACUGAUAUUGGAAUACCUGCAGAAACACUUGCAUAAGAAUAAAGGAGAGGACGGUAGAGAGACACUGAUGGGGACGUGUAGAUGUAGCCCAUUUGAACGUACUGUGCUAAACAAUGUAAUGCUUUUUAAUAAGACUGUCAAGUGAAACAUGUUAUAUUUGGCAUGGUAGAACUUGCAUGUUGGAAAGUGCAACUGUACCAAAGCUCUUGAAUAUAAAUAUAUAUUUGAGAGAGAAAUGAAAAGGAUCACGCUCCAGUCGAACAACUGAAGAAAUUAAUUGUGAACACACUCCUUUAUUUAAGCGUGGGUGUAUAGCAUAAUCUCACAAGACCUCAUAUAUAGAAAGCAGAUUACAUUUCUGUAUCUUCAACUUGAUUUAUGUAUAUGACACUGUAUGUGCAAUGUAUAUACAAAGGGUCUUUCAACUGUUUGAAGUCAUGUAUAAACGAUAGAUUAAAUACUGUAGGUUUUCAGAUUGGUGGUGAAAUCCUCUGAAGGCAUCAGCGACACCCUUGCUUCAGUCUUUAUUUCUUAUCUACGACGGGCACAAGAUGUUUGCUCAGUGGUCCUUCGUAAGGGCCUAAUCUUUCCCACAGCUGCCCUCUUGGAAUGCGUCUCUUGCUUUGCUUGUACUGACAGACAUUUAGCAUUAAUAAAGGUACACCCAGGUACUCGAACUACUUCUCGACCCGCUUAACGCCGAAGAGUUAUUUUAGCAUGUAAAAAAACAAAACAAAAAAACAGAACUAUCAUGACGAGCUCUUCCCCCCUUCCUCUUUUUUAUAGCAGUUCUCUCUCCUGACAUUUCAGUGGAAAGUCAGUAGCUUACUGUGCUGUUUGCUGCUUCUUCCUCUGCCUGGCUAGAGGCGGCUAGUUGCCUUGUGACACACAUGAGCUGUCUUCAGGGGUCUUAAGAAUGUGAAGCACUCCCCAAUGUUCUGUUGAUAGCACACAAUGCCGUGUCCUGCUCCAUCCAUUUGAACUAAAGGUGAGGCGAAAACAGCCAGAGGUGCAAAAGACGUCUCCUGCUGUUUUCACUUUGCAUUGUAAAUAUGUCGAGAGGGGAUUCAAUCAAAAUACCAAUAAUUGUACAGGUGUAAAGUCUCCUAUUAACAUAUUUAAUAAUCUUUGUUACUGACCAGUUUUGGGGUCCUUGAUUGUUGUGGUUAAAGGCCCUGCGAGCCAGGCUAUUGCAAGUGUCUCCUUCCUUAUUUAUUUGUGAUUUGGCCUUGAAAAUCAUGUAAUGAAAUAAAAAAAGUUUGUGUUGUAAUUAC